ACAUUCUUCGGUCGAGGGUCAUGCUCUUGGUUUGAGAUGCUGAAGCCGUUGGUGGAGAAGCGGCGCCGGGACCGCAUCAACCGCAGCCUGGAAGAGCUGCGGCUUCUACUGCUGGAGAGGACCAGGGACCAGAACCUCCGGAACCCGAAGCUGGAGAAAGCGGAGAUUCUGGAGUUCGCCGUGGGCUACUUGAGGGAGCGAAGCCGGGUGGAGCCCCCGGGGGCUCCCCGGUCCCCAGGCCAGGACGCCGAGGCGCUCGCCAGCUGCUACUUGUCCGGUUUCCGCGAGUGCCUGCUUCGCUUGGCGGCCUUUGCGCACGACGCCAGCCCGGCCGCCCGCUCCCAGCUUUUCUCCGCGCUGCACGGCUAUCGGCGCCCCAAACCGCCCAGGCCAGAGGCCGUAGAUCCAGGGCUCCCAGCGCCGCGCCCACCGCUGGACCCUGCUGCACCCAUCCUUGGCCCCGCGCUGCACCAGCGCCCCCAAGUGCACCAGGGCGCCCCUAGUCCCCGCUGCGCUUGGUCCCCAUCCCACUGCUCCCCUCGCGCCGGGGAUUCCGGCGCGCCGGCGCCCCUCACCGGACUGCUGCCGCCGCCGCCGCCGCCUUACAGACAAGACGGGGCGCCCAAGGCUCCGCCACUCCCACCGCCCGCCUUUUGGAGACCUUGGCCCUGA